AAGCAGAACCAAAUUAUUUGAAUCAAUGGCGAAGAAGAAGAUUCAGAGGACAAGCAAAAGAGGCAGAGAAGAGGAGUUUGAAUCAAUGGCGAAGAAGAAGAUUCAGAGGACAAGCAUAGGAGGCAGAGAAGAGGAGAAAGACGGUCUGAGUGAUUUGCCUGAUGCUGUUCUACUGCACAUCAUGAACUUCAUGAACACAAGAGAUGUCGUUAGAACAUGUGUGUUGUCGAAACGAUGGAAGAAUCUCUGGAAACAUGUCACCACUCUAUCUUUCUCUUCCUCGGGAAAGAUUCUCUUUUACAACAAGUUUGUACCUCAAUUUCUGUCUAAGCGAGAUGCUUCCACCUCCCUCAUCGAUCUUAACAUUGGGGCCUACGGUUUCAAUGCGCCAAAACUCCUCACUGGGAUCGUGAAAUAUGCUGCACAGCACCAUGCCCAGAACUUGAAAAUCACCACAGAGUACAAUUUCAGAGGCACACCCAAUUCUUUUGUUCCUUCGAUUUUUUCCUGUCGCUCCUUAACGUCCCUUGUGCUUGCCACCUGUUCCGGUGACCCUCCCAUGGAACUUCCAAAAUCCCUGCUUUUGCCAACCCUAAAAACCUUGCAUCUCUCUAAUGUUAAAUUCGCCGCCAUUGAUGAUCACUGCGUUGAACCCUUUUCGGCCUGUAGCGUGUUGAAUACUCUGGACAUGGAUGGUUAUUCCUUUUGCAAUUAUGCAGACACCCUCUGCGUAACUAAUUCUAACCUUUCCAUUUUGAAGAUUAGCAAUUCGUUCGUGUACAACAUCUACCCGCGCAACUUUAAACACAAUAUUAUACUUUCUACUCCGAAUCUUGCUUCGAUCACAAUUGGGGAUAACAUCAUCUUUAGUCAUGAUCAACUCACGUCCACGUGUGAUCUUCCCUUUCUUGAAGAAGUUAACAUUAAGAUUCUUAAUUUUCCCAUGGAUUCUUUAGUUGUAGCAGGGUGGUUGCAGGUGCUCUCCCAUGUAAAAAGAUUGACACUCUCCUUUCGGGUCCUUAAAGAUGUACCAACUCUUCUUACGAUGGGAAUUCAAUCUCCAUGCUUUGUUCGAUUGGAGUCGUUGAAGAUGGUAAUACCGAAUCCGCACAAAGUAUCCGACGAAGAAGCGAACGAAAUUUUACGACAGUUGCUUCAGAACUCGACAAUCACCGCCACAGUUACCGUCAGUCAUGAAAUCCAGGAAGUUAGAUCGUUAUACCAUGCUGCACUGCUCAGAUGAUUAUUCUACAAAUAUUUAGU